AUGGACCCCUUCGCCAGCUAUGCCGCCCUCGACAAUCCAACCACCUUUUGGGCCGAGCUCGACGACAUCCUAGACACGCCAUUCCAUCCGCCUCCACCACCACCAUCACACGACACUAAAAGCAGCUACGAUGCGGCGCUGCUCGACGCCAAACGCAUCUACGUCGCCAGCGUGCUCGCCAAGUUUCUGCAUCUGUGCGCAGCGUCGUUCAGCGACAACCUCGCCUCGGAGCACACCCAGGACUUUUGCAUCAAUCGCUUGUUUGCCUCCACCGCCUUUCGCGACGAUGUUGUGCCUGAAACGGGCGCGAUACCCAUGCACCAGCUCGCUGCCGAAGAGGCGAUCCGCAUCAUGCAGACCUCCACCUCGAUCCCCGUGCUGCUCAUGUCGUACGAAAUCGUGCUGCUCUACGGCGACGCCUUCCCCGCCACGUACAAGUCCAUCCAGGCCUCGGCAUCCACCGUGUCGUUUGUCGGCGUGCGCGCCUUUCUCCACCGCCUCGUCCACCAGAUCUGGGCGGGCAGCUACGCCGCACAGGCCGAAGCCAAGAUCGGCAUCUCGCAACACGCUGCGACGGGAUGGAACGGCGCGCACUGGGACGAAGACUACCAGCCCGCACCUCCCGCAGCAGCUGCCUCUACUGCUCCUCCAUCCGGCUCGGCAUCCAAGGACAUUGCCAUCCAGAUCAGCCUGCGUCAAAAGGCGGUGCGCAUGCUGUACGAGGUGUGCCGCGUGCAGAAACUCGAGCCGGGCCAUCUCAAGGCGUUUGACGAGCGCUUCAUCCACCACCUCUUUGACCUCGUCGAAGAGACGCGCCACCACCACGACGAAGACUUCAACUACCGCCUCAUCAAGCUGCUCGUCGCCAUGAACGAGCAGUACAUGGUCUCCACGCUCGCCUCGGCACCCGCGUCCGGUGCAGCACUCGCAGGCGGUGCGGAUCAGAUCAACUCGGCGCCACCCACCACCCGACCCGUCAAUCUGGUGCUGAGCGUGCUGCAGCAGCGCCUGAACGCAAGCAAAACGUUCGGGGAGAAUCUCAUCUUUAUGCUCAACCGGGCGAGCAGUUCGGAUGCGGAGGAUGUGUGCAUGCAGCUGCUGGUGCUCAAGCUGCUCUACCUGCUCUUCACCACGCGAGAGACGGCGUGCUACUUUUACACCAACGACCUGCGCGUGCUCGUCGACAUCUUCAUCCGCGAGCUGCACGAUCUGCCGGACGAGAGCGAGUCGCUGCGCCACACGUAUCUGCGCGUGCUCCAUCCGCUGCUCACCAACACGCAGCUGUGCACAUACGCCUACAAGCGCCCGCAGAUCCGACGCCUCCUCAACGGCCUGCUGGCACAUGCGCAUCUGCGCGAUAUUUCGACCACCACGCGCCGGCUCGUCGAGCGCUGUUUGCGCGCAGAGUGGUGCGUGGAGCUCGAUCGGCUCGACGGCACGAGCGUCGCCAUGGUCGAGCCGGUGGGUGGCGGAGAUGUGCACGCCAAAAAGAUGCACGCCGGCGUCACCUCCGAGGGCCUGCCCAUGCUCGCCACCAAGAUCGAGAACAACACGCAGGUGAGGGCGACGGCCGACUCGCUCGCGGUCACCACCGAGGACGAGGUGGCGAGCCCGGUGAGCAUCACCACCACCUACUCGCCCGACGCUGCACCUGCCUCGGCCGAUCGCCCACGCACAUCGGGCUCGUUGAGUGUGCCGCCUCCGCUGCGCACGCGCGACAAACGCGUGGCCUCUCUCUCCAGCCCUCGACCGUGCGACGACGGUGCGGCACUACUUCGUACCAACUCGGCCGCUCCCGCAAGUAGUAGCAGUGGGAAUGCGGGUCGUCGAGCGGUAUCGGCCCAAUCGGCACCAUGCACACCUCCACGCACAGACUCACCCUCGUUGGGGGCGCGUCAAAACUCGCGGCUGUCCGAGCUGUCGACGGACGACGAUGCGCUUUCGACCAGCAGUUCGUGGCACGCGCACAUGACUGAGGAGACGCACACACACGAGGCCUCGGACUCGACCGCACCCAAACGGCGCAAACCUCCGCAGCCACCGAGCGCACGCCGACUGCAGCUGUCUAGCAGCGAGGUGUACAGCGCGCCGUCAUCGCGUGCCGAUUCGCCGUGUGCGGCCAGUCCUGCCUCUGAAGACGCUGGCGAGCCACUGGCACCCAAGGCAGGCGCAAGGAGAAGACCUCCGCCUCCCCCACCGACAGCAGCAGCAGCAGCAGCAGCAGCAGCGGUGGUGGUACCGACGGUGACAGCCGACGACGAGCUGGAAGCUGCACAGAGCUUCUAUAUCGCCGAGCGUCUACGACGUGGCUUGCGCAUACGUUAG